GGCCACCCUACGCAGUCACAAACUUCGUUCCCAAACCAAAUCUAAAGAAAGAGAUACAGAAAUACUGAGAGAAAAAUAAAUCUCUCUUCUUUCUUCUUCCUUUUUUUAUCCAAAUUCUCUGUUCAUAUUCUUUUUUAUUAUCACUCAUAAUAAUUUACCAUGGCUGCAUCUGUUGAAAACCGGCAGUUUAGUCACCUUGAACCGGGUUUAUCAGGCGUGAACCGGUCAUUCAAACCCCGGUCCGAUUCCCCGGUUCGUGGUUGCAACUUCCCUACACCCCCAAACCAUGAACUACCUUUCCAAAAGAAAACAAACACCCCCAUUUACCUUGAUUAUUCUUCUAGUGAAGAUGACGAUGAUGAUGACGAAAAAAAUGAAUACGUUCAAAUGAUCAAGAAAGGAAAUUCAGAAUUAGAACCAUCCGUUCACGACACUAGAGAUGAAGGAACUGCUGAUAAUUGGAUUGAACGUAACUUUUCCUUAAUACGUCUCACUGGUAAACACCCGUUUAACUCCGAACCACCUUUGGCUCGUCUCAUGCACCAUGGUUUUAUCACACCUGUCCCACUUCAUUACGUUCGUAACCACGGUCCGGUUCCCAAGGGUUCAUGGGGUGACUGGUCCGUGGAAGUUACUGGUCUGGUCAAACGCCCUAUGAAAUUCACAAUGGAUCAGUUGGUUAACGAGUUUCCAUCCAGGGAGUUGCCAGUUACACUUGUGUGUGCUGGUAACAGAAGGAAAGAACAGAAUAUGGUUAAACAAACCAUUGGUUUUAACUGGGGUGCUGCUGCCGUUUCAACAACUGUAUGGCGCGGAGUACCUCUCCGCGCCCUGUUGAAACGGUGCGGUGUUUAUAGUAAGAAAAAAGGGGCACUUAACGUUUGUUUCGAGGGUGCGGAUAUGUUGCCUGGAGGUGGUGGUUCGAAGUAUGGUACGAGUAUUAAGAAGGAAUUUGCUAUGGAUCCGUCAAGGGAUAUAAUUGUAGCAUACAUGCAGAAUGGAGAAAUGUUGGCACCGGACCAUGGGUUUCCUGUAAGGAUGAUAAUUCCAGGAUUCAUUGGUGGAAGAAUGGUGAAAUGGUUGAAGAGAAUUGUGGUGACUACACAAGAAUCAGAGAGCUAUUACCAUUACAAGGAUAAUCGAGUUCUCCCUCCCCAUGUUGAUGCUGAACUUGCUAACGCUGAAGCAUGGUGGUAUAAGCCAGAGUACAUCAUCAAUGAGCUCAACAUAAACUCGGUAAUUACGACGCCGUGUCAUGAAGAAAUUUUGCCUAUUAACGCGUGGACGACUCAGAGACCUUACACGUUAAGGGGCUAUGCUUAUUCUGGUGGAGGUAAAAAGGUAUCUCGAGUAGAAGUGACCUUAGAUGGAGGAGAGACAUGGAGUGUGUGCACACUAGAUCACCCAGAGAAGCCAACCAAGUAUGGCAAGUAUUGGUGCUGGUGCUUUUGGUCACUCGAGGUUGAGGUGCUAGACUUGCUUAGUGCCAAAGAAAUUGCUGUUCGAGCUAUCGAUGAGACCAUGAAUACUCAACCCGAGAAGCUUAUUUGGAACGUCAUGGGAAUGAUGAACAAUUGUUGGUUCCGAGUGAAAAUGAACGUGUGCAAGCCUCACAAGGGAGAGAUUGGAAUAGUGUUCGAGCACCCAACCCAACCUGGAAACCAAUCAGGUGGAUGGAUGGCAAAGGAGAGGCACUUGGAGAUAUCAGCAGAGGCCGCUCCAACACUAAAGAAGAGUAUCUCAACUCCAUUCAUGAACACGGCUUCCAAGAUGUAUUCUAUGUCCGAGGUCAGGAAGCACAACAAUUCCGAAUCUGCUUGGAUCAUAGUCCAUGGCCAUAUUUACGAUGCAACACGUUUCUUGAAAGACCAUCCUGGUGGUGUUGAUAGCAUCCUUAUCAAUGCUGGCACUGAUUGCACUGAGGAAUUUGAUGCAAUUCAUUCCGACAAGGCUAAGAAGCUCUUGGAGGACUUUAGGAUUGGGGAACUAAUUACUACUGGUUACACCUCUGAUUCCUCUCCUAACAAUUCUGUCCAUGGAUCUUCUUCCAUCAGUAGCUUUCUAGCACCUAUCAAGGAACUUGUUCAAGCACCAACAAGGAGUGUGGCUCUCAUUCCAAGGGAGAAAAUCCCAUGCAAACUCAUCGACAAGCAAUCCAUCUCACCCGAUGUUAGGAAAUUCCGAUUCGCAUUGCCCUCUGAGGAUCAAGUCUUGGGCUUGCCUGUUGGCAAACACAUUUUCCUCUGUGCCACAGUUGAUGACAAGCUCUGCAUGCGUGCCUACACUCCUACUAGCACGGUCGAUGAGGUGGGGUUCUUCGAGUUGGUUGUGAAAAUAUACUUCAAAGGAAUUCACCCUAAAUUCCCUAAUGGAGGGCAAAUGUCACAAUAUCUUGAUUCUCUCCCAUUGGGGGCGUUUCUCGACGUGAAAGGUCCAUUAGGUCACAUUGAAUACCAAGGAAAGGGCAAUUUCUUAGUCCAUGGCAAACACAAGUUUGCCAAGAAGUUGGCUAUGAUAGCUGGUGGGACAGGAAUAACUCCAGUGUAUCAAGUGAUGCAGGCAAUUCUGAAAGAUCCUGAAGACGACACGGAAAUGUAUGUGGUGUAUGCCAACAGAACAGAGGAUGAUAUUUUACUCAAGGAAGAGCUUGAUGCAUGGGCAGAGAAAAUACCAGAAAGAGUUAAAGUAUGGUAUGUGGUUCAAGAUUCAAUAAAAGAAGGAUGGAAGUACAGCACUGGAUUUAUUACAGAAGCCAUUCUAAGAGAACAUAUCCCUAUGCCAUCUCAUACAACACUAGCAUUGGCUUGUGGACCACCUCCUAUGAUUCAAUUUGCUGUUAAUCCAAACUUGGAGAAGAUGGGCUAUGACAUUAAGGAUUCCUUAUUGGUCUUCUAAUUGGAGGAUGAUAACAAUAAUCUGCAGUAAUAAAUUCUUUUUUGUUUACCCUAUCAGUUGUACAUAUUGUAUUUCGUUUAUCACCACAUGUACUACUACUUGUAGUUGUUACAUUUUUUUACUUUAGGUAUAAGAGUUUUCUGUUCCUACAAGUCAUUUUUUAGGGAAGAAAUGUUGUACUCUCUACUAGCCUGUGUAUGUCGAAAGGUUGUAAUGUCUACCAUGACAGAUUGUAUUCAUCAUGGCAUAGUAAUGUUACCAGUCUUUUUGUAA